GCGGAGAAAAUACUGUGUCUUGUGAAACGAUAACGCGAACCAUGGAGUUUUGGGCUGGAAAAGUGGCGAUUGUGACCGGUGCUAGCGCUGGAAUCGGAACAGCAACCUCUAAAGCGCUCGUAGGUCAUGGCGUUAAGGUGGUUGGUCUAGCGAGGAGGAUGGACAAGCUUCAGGAGCUGGCUCAAGAGCUGGGCAAGGAUAAGUUCUAUCCGUUGCAAUGCGACGUCAGGAAAGAGGAGGACAUCAUAAAGGUGUUCAAGUGGAUCGAGAAGACUUUCGGCGGAGCUAGCAUUCUGGUGAACAAUGCUGGAGUCAUCUCUCUGUCGUCCGUUACAGGUAAAAAAACGGCCACCGAAGAAUAUCGUAAAGUAGUGGAAACUAAUCUGAUAGCUCCAGCGAUUUUUGCACGGGAAUUUUCGCAAUCGAUUAAAAAACGCAAUGUGCCCGGGCAUAUAGUUAACAUUAACAGCAUAUUGGGACACUAUGCAGAUACAUUCACCAUUCCAAUCGGCCUGUACGCUCCCAGUAAAUACGGUCUUACCGCUUUGGGUACGGGACUACGUCAUGAAUUCAUCAUUUCUAAAUUGAAAAUAAAAGUUACGAGCGUCAGUCCUGGAUUUGUGAUGACAGAAAUGGUUGGGCCCGUACCUAAGCAUGUUCUUGAUAAUAUGCCGAUACUGCAAGAUAAAGACAUCGCCAAUGCAGUGAUUUAUGCAUUAGGAACGCCGCAAGGUGUAGAGAUCGUCGAGGUCACAGUAAUGGCACAGAAUGAGAUCAUUGGCGUUCCAGCAGCAAUGAAACGACAAUACAUCGGCUCGAAGUAAACUUAAUUAGAUUUAUAAUACCGAAGAAAAAGACACCGCUUUGGAGGAUCCUUCGUACUUCGUUAUAUAAUUCAAUCUUUGAUUUUUGUUUGGCAAAUACCGAAUAAACAGGCAUCUAUCUUUUGUUUGUUAGAAUAAAUCUAAUCUUAAGUUAGA